AUGUCUACACGCAGUGCUGAAGUAGUAUAUGAGGUUCUAUGGCAAUGGAAGUCAUACAAUCAACGUGUCGAAUGGCUCUAUUCUGAACAAUAUUCUGCUACUGGUUACAUCUUUGGAGAGCCACAAAAGAUCGCGCGGGUUGGAGAUGAAUAUCAGGCACAAAUCCCAUCUUUGAUGACAGAAAGAGAGCGAUCCCAACUCAAGAAGGUACCCGUCUGUGAAUGUGGUCUGUCAAUUCCUGUCACAUGGGUUCACAGUCAACAUAAGAACAAGGAAGAAACCAUGGAUAUUGAAGCAAAUGCUAAGGGCUGGAAAACAGACAAUGAUUUGGUUCCAGUUCCUUGUUCACAAACUGAAGAAUCUUGGAGCGCAAUUGAACAUGAUAGCUUUGUUCUUGGUUUAUAUAUAUUUGGUAAGAAUCUUCGCGUUGUGAACAAGUUCAUGGGGAAUAAAGGUAUGCCAAAUGUUAUAUCUUAUUACUAUGGAAAGUUCUACAGAAGCAGUGAACACCAAACAUGGUCAAUGUAUUGGAAGAAAAAAAUUAGCAAGUCCCUUCCUGGAAAAAAGAUUUUCAGAGGGUGGAGGCUGCACGAGCUUUUGUCUCACUCGCUUUCUAAUGUAACCGAUGAGUGUAAAGCUAAGUUGACACAGGUCAUUAGAACGUUUGAGGAGGGUAAACUUUCAUUUGAGAAGUAUGUGUUCAGUUUAAGAGAUACAAUGGGCCUCGAUCUUCUUGUAGAAGCCGUAGCCAUUGGCAAAGGAAAAGAAGACCUUACAAUCAAGACCCAAACGCGAUUAAGCAGCAAAAAAGUAGAAUCUACUUGCUCAUCUCUUAAAACGGAAGAAAUUGUUGAUAUUUUGAAGGAUCGCAUUGGAUUAAGUAAAGCGCGGUUAAGUGAGUUCUUCUGGGCUGCUGUGUGGCCUCGUCUUUUAGCUAGAGGAUGGCACUGUGAACAGGCUACAAACUAUGCGUUCCAAAACUCGAAGAAUCUAGUGUUUCUUGCACCUGGUGUGACAAAGUUUUCAAGGAGGGAUCUGGUCAAAGGAAGUCAAUAUUUUGACUUGUUGACUGAAGUGCUGAAUAAAGUUGCAUCUGAACCGCACCUUCUUGAACACGAACCUGACAAUGAUGAACAAGAUUUGAUGAAAUGCACAGUUGUGGAUACCUGUUUGGUUGGGAUUGUUAAAGUCAGAGAGCUUACAAAUUUGACUGUUUCUAAACCUGCUGAUAUGCAAGUUGUGGUGCGCGUUACUUGGUGGAUGGAGUCAUUGAUGGUUCUUCCCAUAUGGUCACCGAGUCUCCGAAAUGACAUGAGGUUGACUUUUAUAAGUAGUUUUCCUAAACCUGACCAUGAGUUCAAUUAUCAAAAUAUGCAAAGUUAG